CUGGGAAUCACUGCAGGUGAUGCACAAGAACUGUUCGUGUCGCCGGGCUGGAUGCGGGCACGUGGGCUGGCUGGAGAGAAUCGCUCGUUCGGGCGGAUCACCAGCCAAAUUUCAUGCCUUCAAUGCCUCCUGCAUCCCCCCUAACCCUUGAUCCAGUGGCAGUCCAUGCUGCCCCCCGCGUGCAUCAACCCAUGCAGCUCUGUGGCAUUGACUCCCUCUUUCGCCCUCAUGCUCUGCUGCUCACGUUCCGCUGCAACGGCCAUGCGCCCUCCGCGCAAGACCUUAUCUCCUCGGUCGCCCGACGAUCUCUUGCCUCUAGGUGUCUGGGCUAAUGCUUAUACUGCUUGUGGUCCCGUCUCCCUUGUCUUGUCUUGUUGUCUUGCCCCUCAAUCGUCUCGUCAGUUCCUGGACUGACUGGUGAGUGAGGUCUGUCGCCGACGGUUACACAAGAAAUACUACAGCAACAGCAGCAGAAGCAGCACAAUGGAUCUCGCUUCUUCACCAC